GGGAGGCGGGAAGAGCGCGGCACUUCCGCCAGCCGCUCGCUCACUGGCCGCUGCUCGAGGCGGCGUCGGGAGCGGAGGGAGCGCGCGGCCCGGGGACCGCAUUCCCCGGCCCCCUCCGCCCCACGCGGCCCGGACCAUGGACGCCAGGUGGUGGGCAGUGGUGGUGCUGGCUGCGCUCCCCUCCCUGGGGGCAGGGGGGGACACCCCCGAAGCCCUUCCAGAGUCAUGGACGCAGCUGUGGUUCUUCCGCUUUUUGGUGAACGCCGCUGGCUAUGCCAGCUUUAUGGUCCCCGGCUACCUGAUGGUGCAGUACUUCAGGCGGAAGAACUACCUGGAGACAGGCAGGGGUCUCUGCUUCCCCCUGGUGAAAACUUGUGUGUUUGGCAAUGAGCCCAAGGCCUCUGACGAGGUCCCUCUGACUUCGCGGACUGAGCCUGCGGAGACCACUCCCACUUGGCAAGCCCUGAAGCUGCUCUUCUGUGCUGCGGGGCUCCAGGUGUCUUAUCUGACCUGGGGAGUGCUGCAGGAAAGAGUGAUGACCCGCAGCUAUGGGGCUACUGCUACAUCGCCAGGUGAGCGCUUCACAGACUCACAGUUCCUGGUGCUAAUGAACCGAGUGCUGGCGCUGAUCGUAGCUGGCCUCUACUGCGUCCUCUGCAAGCAGCCCCGCCACGGGGCGCCCAUGUACCGGUACUCCUUUGCCAGCCUGUCAAACGUGCUUAGCAGCUGGUGUCAGUACGAAGCCCUCAAGUUCGUCAGCUUCCCCACCCAGGUGCUGGCCAAGGCCUCUAAGGUGAUCCCAGUCAUGCUCAUGGGAAAGCUGGUGUCACGGCGCAGCUACGAACACUGGGAAUACCUGACGGCCGGCCUCAUCUCCGUUGGGGUCAGCAUGUUUCUGCUGUCCAGUGGACCAGAGCCCCGCAGCUCCCCAGCCACCACGCUGUCAGGCCUCAUCCUCCUGGCAGGCUAUAUUGCCUUUGACAGCUUCACCUCAAACUGGCAGGAUGCCCUGUUUGCCUAUAAGAUGUCUUCGGUGCAGAUGAUGUUCGGGGUCAACUUAUUCUCCUGCCUCUUCACCGUGGGCUCGCUGCUAGAGCAGGGGGCCCUCCUGGAGGGGACCCGCUUCAUGGGGCGACACAGUGAAUUUGCUGCACAUGCCCUGCUGCUCUCUAUCUGCUCUGCAUGUGGCCAGCUCUUCAUCUUCUACACCAUAGGGCAGUUUGGGGCUGCCGUCUUCACCAUCAUCAUGACCCUCCGCCAGGCCUUUGCCAUCCUCCUCUCCUGCCUUCUCUAUGGCCACACUGUCACUGUGGUGGGCGGCCUGGGGGUGGCUGUGGUCUUUGCAGCCCUCCUGCUCCGAGUCUAUGCCCGGGGCCGUCUAAAGCAACGGGGAAAGAAGGCUGUGCCUGUGGAGUCCCCUGUGCAAAAAGUUUGAAGGGCCUGAGGGGUGACGCGGAAGAGGACCCUCACCUUAGAUUUUCCUCUCCUACUGUAAACUUCUGAGGGGGUCCGCUCAAGGGCAGUUUUUUUCUCAGUAUCACAAUCAGCUCUGCAGGUUGGGGUUGAGUCCAAGAGGCAGCCUUCUCCUUUGCCUUAAGUCCCCCGUUCUCUAGUAGGGAUUCUUCUGAGCCCAAGGGUAGAGGACCGUCCUCCUCAGUGUGGAGGGAUGCUGAGAAGACAGAGGGACCUUCCAAAGCCUCCACCCCCUCAAAUUCCCUGAAGUCUUGCCCUAUGGGCUCCAACACCUCACCAGUGCUUGUCCCCUACCCUGAACUGCCCACCCUUGCAGACUCCCAGAGACCUACAGUUCUUACUCUGGUGAGAAAAGCACAAGUGUUGUAGGCUCCAAGUGCUGCUUUCCCAGGAGUCCGUGAAAGCGGGUGCUGUGCUGGAGGAGGGGGAUGGGAGAACCCUGCCCAGUGAUACCACCCUCUGCUCCUGGAUCCCUAGGCUCUGCUCCAAGAGCCAGUUGCAGGUUUUGGUACCUUGGAAAUGGAACUUUUUGCUCUUAUAAUUUUAUUUUAUUAAAUUAAACUGCUGCAAUGGGCUUUAAA